GGUUCAUCCUUCUCUUCUGUGUUCUGUUCUGUUCUCCAGAAACCUCACUCCUUCCUUCCUUCCAUUACUUCCAUUUUACCCAGACCAGCUACAAUGUCUCGCCAAUCCACUAUAAGGUUCCAGAGCAGAAAACAGGGCUUCAGUGCCUCUUCUGCCAUCAUCCCAAACAGCUGCCGCACCAGCUACAGCUCACGUUCUGUAUCCCGGGCCGGAGGUUGCGGUGCCGGCGCUGGCGCUGGAAGGGUUGUUGGCGGUGGCAGUUGCUUUGGCAGCAGAAGCCUCUACAACCUAGGCGGAUCUAAAAGGAUCUCCAUGGCUGGAAGCAGUGGUGGCUUUCUGUGUGGCGCUCCAGGCCCAGUUGGUUUUGCUGGUGGUGCUGGCUGUGGAUUCGGUUUCGGUGGCGGAGCAGGCGCUGGCUAUGGGUUAGCUGGCCCCGGGUUUGGUGGCGGAAGAGUUGGCCCUGGGUUCCCUGUUUGCCCACCUGGUGGGAUCCAGGAAGUGACCAUCAACCAGAGCCUUCUAACACCUCUCAACUUGGAAAUCGACCCCACCAUCCAGAGGGUGCGUAAAGAGGAGAAGGAGCAAAUCAAGACCCUCAACAACCAAUUCGCCUCCUUCAUUGACAAGGUCCGAUUCCUCGAGCAGCAAAAUAGGGUGCUGGAAACCAAAUGGAGCCUGCUGCAGGAACAGGGCCAAAAAACCGUGAAAAACAACAUUGAGCCCUUCUUUGAAAAUUACAUCGGUAAUCUCCGGAGACAGCUGAACAACCUGAUGAAUGAGAGAGGAAGACUUGAAGGGGAGGUGAACAACAUGCAAAACGUGGUGGAAGAUUUCAAGAACAGGUACGAAGAUGAAAUCAACAAGCGCACAACUGCUGAGAAUGACUUUGUGACCCUCAAGAAGGAUGUGGACAGUGCCUACAUGAACAAGGUGGAGCUGGUUGCCAAGGUGGACUCCCUGACUGAUGAGAUCAAUUUCCUGAGAGCCCUGUACGAAGAGGAACUGGCUCAGAUGCAGACGCAGGUCUCCAACACCUCCGUCGUUCUGUCUAUGGACAACAACCGAGACCUGGACUUGGACGGCAUCAUUGCUGAAGUCAAAGCGCAGUACGAGGAGAUCGCUAACAGGAGCCGAGCUGAGGCUGAAUCUUGGUACCAAACUAAGUACGAAGAGCUGCAGGUUACCGCUGGCAGACACGGGGAUGACCUCCGCAACACCAAACAUGAGAUCUCAGAGCUGACCCGAAUCGUCCAGAGACUGCGGAAUGAAAUUGACAACGUGAAAAGACAGUGCGCCAACCUGCAAGCGGCCAUUGCCGAGGCCGAGGAGCGCGGCGAACUGGCCCUCAAGGAUGCCCAGGGUAAACUGGCUGAGCUGGAAGAUGCCCUGCAGAAGGCCAAGGGAGAUUUGGCGCGUCAGCUGCGGGAGUACCAGGAGCUGAUGAACGUCAAGCUGGCCCUGGAUAUCGAGAUCGCCACCUACAGGAAGCUGCUGGAAGGAGAGGAGAGCAGGCUGUGUGGAGAAGGUGUUGGUGCAGUGAAUAUUUCUGUGGUCUCCUCAACCGUUGGAGGUGGAUAUGGAAGCAGAAGCGGUCUCGGCAUGGGAAGUGGAAGCGGUGUCUGCAUUGGAGGUGGAAGCGGUCUCGGCAUGGGAGGUGGAAGCGGUGUCUGUGUUGGAGGUGGAAGCGGUCUCGGCAUGGGAGGCGGGCUCUGUGUUGGAGGAAGCAACUUCAGCUCUGGGAGCGGAAGAAGCAUCGGCGGGUUGAGCCUCGGAGGCGGAAGCGGCUCUAGCGUGAAAUUCGUCUCAACUACCUCUUCCACCAAACGAAGCUACAAAAGCUAAAGCUCAGAAUUCAAAGUCCUCGCACCCCGAUUGAAAUAUCUCCCUGGUUUCCUGAUGCUGACACAUUACUGACCUACGAAUGGGACCACCAUAUUGAAUAAGGGCAACGUUUUCUAAUCUUCUCUUUAGAAACCAAGCUUAAAACAUGUUGGCGUAUAUCUGAGUUUUCCAAACAUUGCCUUGAAUCGGUUCUUUCUUCAAACUUGCUAUCUAUUAUCUUUCACGUAGAAACCUAUAACCUCUGUCCACCAAGAAGAGAAAGUACAUAUUUCUCUAAACAGCAGAAUGUGUGUGCUUUCCUCAAAAACUUUGAAUUUUUCAUUGGAAAACUGAAAGCUGAAAAGAUGGAUGUUUUUGACAAACCCAAACAUUUCUGUUAAUUUUCACCCAAAAGUUUUCAGCCAAACAUGCCAAAAUCUCCCCCCAAAAUGUUUCCUUCAAAAACGUUCAAUUUAGGGGCUACCUUUCUUCCAGUGAAAUAUUGAAUUUUUCUGGAUAAAAAGAUUUCCCCAUUUUCUGAACACCUCUGGUGAUUGCAUAGCCUUGACAAGACCUAGUGCAACUAAUAAAACUGCCAUCCCUUUCCCAUGUAUUUUCUUUUCCUCCAUACCAAGGAGUAGCUCAUGGAUUUGGAUAUUUGUUAUGCCAAAACUCAGUUUUAGAAUGGCAAGAGAACCAUUAUGUUAAGCACUGGCUGAAUAAUGUUAGAACAGGGCACCUGAUCAUUAUUUCUUGUCCAGAUCUAGUGUACAUUUCAAAAUCUGAGCCCAUUACAGGACACAAUGUACAUGGCUCGCUCUCUCCAUACCUUGGGCACCUGUUUAUGUCACCCAGGUUCUUUCAUUGUUCAGCUGACCAAAUGGUUCCUUGUCUAGAAAUUUACAACACACUGCUUUAGCUCAUCCAAAUUGUAUUGAGUUCUGUGUGCAAACGGGUGUUCCCACCUUGUUCUGCAUUUGCCACAUCUCUAUCUCACAUUGCACAUAAUUCCCACUGUUUUAUUUCCAACGGACUUUGAAUUGAAAAUUAUCCAGCCUUAUGUUGUAUAUAAAACGUGUCGCACCGUUGUUAGUUCUUUGGGCUCAGGAGCUCAUGUUGUUGGAAGCUUCUAGUCACUUUCCAGUGUUUGUCUAAUA